AUGGGAGCACAAAAUGCGAAAGGCCUUCGUUUCGGGGUCAACCACAUCCAGGAGGAGAAGAAGGAAGAGGAGGAGGAUGGGGGAAGGAUCAAGGCCGGACAAACUAGCACAGGUGUGGCGUGGAAAUUCAUUUUCACGGUUCGCGGGAAGAACGAAAAGGUGGAGAGAGCCAGUAAUGGAGGAUUCCGGCACGCGACAGGUUACGUGCCCGUGUUUCUUGAUGUCUACGACCUAGACGUGAUUAGUGACGUGAACGGCCUUCGUGCGGGGAGAAAGAGUGAGAGCGUGACGACCGGGAACGCUGAGAUUCGGCAUCCUCCCCCUCUCUGGUUGCGCCCGACCGAGUCAGAGCGAGUGCGGUGGUGCCUUCAGUGUCCAUCGAAGACAGUCGAGAUGGUGUCAGCGGCAGCCGAGAAAGUCAAGUGGACAUCCCACAUCCUCCCCUUCUGGAGGACAUGGAUCGUGAUCCUCGUCCCGCUUCUGGCUCUCCCGUUCCUCUUCGUCCCCGAACAGCGGGUGGUGAGUCUCUCCCUCCCUUCGACUUCACUCGUCGAUGCACGGUCGGCCACCAUCUAUUCAUAA